AUGGAGCCAUUUCAAUAUUCUCUUUCUGAUGAUCGUAUUGUGGCAGGUGUCCAUUCUAUUCCACCAUCUUCAUCUCUUCUUCACCGUCCAUUGAUCAUCGCCAUGCAUGGAGGGUGCUAUGAUCACAAGUAUUUCGAUGCCACUCCUACAUUGUCUGCCUCCGUCCCCAGUGCAGCCUUUGGUGUGCCUUUCGUAUCUAUUGAUCGCCCUUCCUAUGGUGGAACAAGCUCUGUCUUGCCUAUUCCUGCCGAUUCAGACUUUCCCGAACAAACUGCUCUCUUUCUGCAUCAACAAAUCCUGCCUGAGCUUUGGCGCAAGAUCGGCUUACCAAAUCGUUGCAACUGUAUCAUCCUGUUGUGUCAUAGCUUGGGAGUGAUGCCGGGUAUUAUCACUGCGGCUUUGCAUGCAAAAGAUGAUGUACCAAUUUACCCUCUUGGUGGGAUAAUUGCAAGUGGUAUGGGAGAUAAACAGUCCUCAUUCAUGAAAGGCAAUCCUCCUUCAUUUCUACCGGUCGACGAGGACUAUGCUCGAUUUCCUCUAGACGCAAAAAACAAAGUCAUGUUCAAACCUGGGACAUUCAAACCCGAGAUUUUGGAGCAUACCGAGCGCCUCGAUGCUGCUUGUCCUCUUUCGGAGGCAGCUCGGUUUGCUACCGAUUGGCUCCCUAUUUGGAAACAGAAGUGGGCAGCGCAAGUUUCAGUGCCCGUGAUGUUUUCUCUUGUUGAGGACGACCCUUUCUUCGUUGCCACCGAGGAGGAAGUUGAAGCCUGUACCAAGGCGUUCACAGGCAGUGUUCGUGUUGACGGAAGCUUGAUCAGAGGCGCACCUCACUGCGUGGAACUUAGCCAUUGGUCGCAAGGAUGGUAUGCUCGAUGUUUUGGGUUCGCCAUGGAAUGUUCUGCCAGUCUUAGCUUCAUCUAG